AUGGCAACUUCAGCUCCCCCUGAAAACGGGAGCAAUUCCGAUCAAAUCGGUCCACCAUCUGAAAUCGCUCCAAUCAUUGCCAAAUAUCAUUUCUAUAACGAUUUGAUUGCCGGAGUUUUGAGUAUUGUCUUAAACUUUCUGCUGGUUUUUGUGGUUACCAAACGGAUUGCAUCGGCGUCGAAAGUGUUCAAAAAAGUGUUGAGUCUAUCGAAAUUGUUCGAGAUUUUGUUCAGUACAAGUUAUAUAAUGACAGCGCCGGUCUUCACAUCGAUCGCCAUCAAACCCACCUUCUCCGGUCUUAUGAUAGUGAACACCGGGUGGCAAUUCAAUUUCCUAUGCAGUCUAUUAUUUCUUUCCGCCGCUUUAGUCUUGUUAACUCAACAAAUAUUUCUAGCUCCAUGGUCAUAUUAUAUCAGAUAUGCUCAGGUUUGUAGAAAAGAUAGUGUAAAAUGCAGUGAUAUCUUUACUAUAAUUUUCGUCAAUUUGAUAUUCCAAGUGUUGACUUCGGUAUGCUUAUGCUAUGCCUCUAUCCCAACUGCCAUCGAUAUAUCAUCUCUUUCUGAAACUGCCAGAAAAUUCACUGGUAUUGAUGUCGCAUUUCUCCUUCUUUCGUAUACUAAACAAAUCACGACGACCAAAGAAAGAAUAAAUCAAAUCGUGUCUAUUAUAUCUGGAUUCGGAUACCUUGCCAGCCUCCUUUUAUCCGUGUUCAUUAUGAUUUUUUGCACUGUAAAAAUCAAUAUGAAAGUUCGCGAAUCGAAGAAUACCAGCAAUAAUUUGUUGGCUCUUCAGAAGAAAAUGAAUCGAGUUUUGCUGACACAGGUGAGACAUAUGAAUUCUCAAAUUUAA